CUGUCAUCUUUGCUGCAGUGAAGCUUUUGGAGGGCUUAGUGGGAAACUAAAAUGGCUGAGGUUUCACAUAUUGUUUAGGCAAAGUCCCUUUUCAAGUAUCCCUGGUAUCAGCAACCAGCUCCUGUCCCUCAGGCUGGGACACCAGGUGGGAGGAAGGGACAUCAGCAAAGGCGUCCUGCUCCUGGAACAGCUCCUUGCAUAUCAGCCAGCACCAGGCCAUUUCAUCCCCCAUUGGAGUGUUCCCCAGUGCUGGGGGCUGAGCCAGCACUGCCCCCACUGCACCUCUCAGCCCCCGGACACGAUGGCCGCCCUCAUCGCUGAGAACUUCCGCUUCCUCUCCUUGUUCUUCAAGAGCAAAGAUGUGAUGAUUUUCAAUGGUUUGGUGGCCCUGGGCACGGUGGGGAGCGAGGAGCUCUUCUCAGUUGUCGCCUUCAACUGUCCCUGCUCCCCUGCCCGCAACUACAUCUAUGGGCUGGCUGCUAUCGGUGUCCCGGCCCUGGCCCUCUUCCUCAUUGGUGUCAUCUGGAACAACCACACCUGGAACCUGGUGGCAGAGUGCCACAAGCGUGGCACCAAGAACUUCUCUGCUGCUGCCACCUUCCUCCUCUUCGGCUCCAUCAUGGGCCGGGCAUCUGUGGCACCCAUCACAUGGUCAGUCAUCUCGCUGCUGCGUGGGGAAGCUUACAUCUGUGCCCUCAGCGAGUUUGUCAAGCCAUCCUCCCUGGACAAGUUUCCAGCUGAGUAUGGACCCGAGGUGCUGGCCAAGUUCCCCUGUAGAGACGUCCCAGCAAACCUCACCAAGUUCAGGGACGAGGUGACACGGAGGCUGAGAUACGAGUCCCAGCUUUUCGGCUGGCUGCUCAUUGGCAUCGUUGCGGUCCUGAUUUUCCUCACCAAGUGCCUGAAGCACUGCUGCUCACCAUUGAGCUACCGGCAGGAGGCCUACUGGGCCCAGUACCGCUCCAACGAGGACAAGCUCUUCCGACGCACGGCCGAGGUCCACUCCAGGAUCCUGGCAGCCAAGAAUGUGAAACAAUUCUUUGGCUUUGUGGCACUGGACAAGGAGGAGAAGGAGCUGGUGCAGGAGUUCCCGGUGGAGGGCGUCCAGCCGAGCCCCCAGUGGAAUGCCAUCACAGGUGUCUACAUCUACCGAGAGAACAAGGGCUUCCCCCUCUACAGCCGCCUCCACAAAUGGGCCAAAGGGGUGGAAGGGAACGGACCAACCCCAGAAGGCCACGAACUGCUGUUUUUAGCUUCCUAAGACAGAUGUGCACCAGCAGCGCUUCCCUAGACUGCCUGGAAGGCUUUCCAGUAUCGGUGCUCAGCUGAGGGAUGCACUGGGAACAUUCCUCCCAGCAGGAUUACUUCUCUCAGCAGGUAAACAGGAAUCAACAGCCUCAAGGCAGAGACUGAUAAGCAAUACCCCGAGGAACCCCUCCCUCAGAGACAAGUCUCACUGCUGUUCCCAGAGACACAAGGGAGCAAAGAGCAGAUGCAGCCCUUACGCCCAGGCUGCCAGUGCAGCCACUGCCUGAUACACCAGCAGAAGCCUUAGGGAGCAAGAGAUGGGCACAUUUCUCACUGUGACUCCUGCAGUCACACUUGCCUCCCCCACAGCAGGGUUAGCCCCAGCCAUCCCACAUCUCUUUGUUUUAUUGACAUUGAUAUCUUCUUACACACUUGUGUGAUGCCUGUUACAUAGGCAGGUCCCAGAGCACUUUACAGACUUUACAGUGCAGUUAAAAGAAGGAAGCAGUGGGUAAAUUCCUGGGGCGAGGAGGUUGCAAUCGCAUCUGAGAAGGAAUGGGUCAAUAAUAGCCACACACCAAAUAACAGAGACUAAAGCAGGAGGUAUCACCACUAUUCCUGGUAUUCAGAAAGGCACUCUGUAAUUACCAAGUUGAAAUUUGGGUAAGACACCAAACUCCCUUUGUUCUUAUUAAAGUGCCUGGCAAUCUCUAAUGAGCCCAAAUGGUCACGACCAUGAGUCUAUAAACCCAAAGGAGGCAUCAGCAGAACAGCUUUGGGGCAAGGUAGUGAGGUGGAGACUGAGAGGAAUCAGUACCCACAGCACUGUCUGCAACUCAUUGCAUUUUUCAUCCAGCUGUCAGAUGAGAGUCCUUUGUCUGGGUUACAAGCUGCCAAACACCUCAACCAGAAUUAGCUUUACAUAUAUGUAUAUGUAAAGAUACAUACAGUGCAUAUACCAAGUAACCAUAGUUAGUCAGUUGUAUUAACGGAGGACCUUUCUCAGAGAGGAAGGGGAUGAGAAAGCUGCCAGCCCAAACAGCACAUUCCAUUCACCCAUCUGCAGCACUGGGACUGCAGCCCUGGAGCAACAAGGGGACAGCAGGAACAGGAUGGAGGAGCAGCCCUCUCCCUACCCAUCUACCACUGAAUUUUCUAAAACUCUUUCCACUGCCUUAAUUGGCCCCUGGAGCAGAAUGUCUCUAUUAUGGCCCUGGCCAUCCUCUAGGAAAGCAAAAUCAGAAAGGUGUAAAAUUACUACCCUCACCAUGACAGUCUGUGACUAUGGCUUCAAGGCUGCUCCCCUGGCAUUGCAGUCCCUUUUCUCCCAGGGGUCAGUCCUGUGUACUCAAUACUGCUUAAAGAACUGGCACAACAGAGAAGUUUGUUUUUCCUACUUGAACUGUUUCAUUAUAGGUACAACUUCCUUUUACACUGUGCCAUUUACCAAAAAACCUUAAUAAGUUGUUCAAAAACCAGCUCAAACCCCCAGAACUCAGAGGGGCUUACACACAAGGAGAUUCAAAAUAAAUUAUUAAAUGAGAGUUAUUUUUCA